AUGACAACAACAACUACUAAAGGGUAUAAAUUGGGAGCAAGAGGUGCACACAAUAUUUCAUAUGGAGGUCAACAUCCACAUCUGCUCCCUAAAUUCACUAGUAAGAAAGAUGAAAGAAACCAUGUUUUAGAACAUCUUUGUGGAGCGUUUAGGGUAUUUGCACGUAGAGGGUUUGAUGAAGGUGAAGCAGGUCAUAUUUCGGUUAGAGAUCCCAUCAAUCCCAAUACCUUCUGGAUGAAUCCUUUAGGGAUUCAUUUUCAAUUUAUGAUACCACUGGAUUUGGUGCACAUAGAUAUAACUACUGGGGAAUUUUUAAAUGAUGGUAGUAAGAAGCCAAUCAAUAAGGCAGGGUUGAUGAUUCAUUCUAAUAUAUAUAAACAUAGAACUGAAGUGAAAAGCAUUAGCCAUGCUCAUUCUGUGUAUGGAAAGCUGUUUUCCGCAUUUGGAAGAGAAUUGGAUAUGAUUAAUCAAGACGUUUGCAUUUUCUACAAGAGGCAAUGCGUUUUUAAAAACUUUGGAGGUGUAGCUCUUGAAAGCGAUGAAGGAACAGAAAUUGCUUUUGCAAGUCAAGGUAAGGCUGCCGUGAUCUUACAGAAUCAUGGAUUACUUACAGUGGGUGAAACAGUUGACGAAGCUGCUUAUUUAUUCUGUCUUUUGGAAAAAUCAUGUCAGAUCCAACUUUUGGUAGACAGUUGCAAUGUGAAACAAAAGCCCCAUAUUAUUCCUGAAGAUGUUGCUGAAUAUAGUGGAUACGUAGUUAAUGAUCCAGAAACUAUGUAUGCUUCAUUCCAACCAGAUUAUGAAAGAGAAGUGAGGUUGUCACAAGGUGAGUUUUUGAUCACAAGAUAA